GUGACCAAUUUAGAAUAACCAAAUAUGAUCAUACCCCUGAGGAUUUCUUGGAAUGGAUGAAUCAGAAGACAACUCGAGAUGUGAAAGUCUUCCGUACCUCUCAUGAGAAGUUAUCUUCAUUAUUAAAGAUGCUAUUCGGUGGUAUAUUGUUGGUAGCAGCUGGAAUCUUAGCUAUUUAUAGUGCUAGAACGUGGCCUAUUACCUGUGCUAUUAUAGCACUAUGUAUACAGUUCAUAUCGAUGUCUGGCAUAUUCUCUAACAUACUCCAGGGUAUGGUUAUGCAAGGAAGGGAUGCUGAUGGUAAUCCUGAAUGGAUUAUGCAUGGGAUGCGUGGACAGUACCUUGGGGAAGGAUUGGCAGCUUCCUUUAUGAUGAUUACCUCGGGGGUCUGUAUGCUUAUUGCAGUGAGGUUACCGAACGUUAACUACUUUAAAGGAAGCAAGAAUAAGGCUAGUACUAUACAGAUAGUGAUGGUAGUGCUCAGCGUCGUUUGUAUGUGGGCUGUAUUCGAGAUGUAUGGAGUGAAGACUGGAUGGCCCAUGUCCUCGGACUUCUACCCUCCGGAAACAUACAAAAGAGGUUGGAUUAGAGUUGAUCAGGGUAACACUUUUUAA